AUGAGAUAAGAGGGUAUAUACCACCAUAGAUCAGCUAAGGUUUAAAAUACUUUCUAAGUAAUUUUGGGUAAACUACUGUAAUUGUAUUGCAAAAGCAUCUAGAUGCUGUGGGGCAUGAUUAAUAGUUUUUAAUUGAUUACUCAUUUACCUUUAAUGACAGUAAACACUCCUGCUAAUGUCGCUCUAUUUUACAACUUCAUUUUAGAUGUUUCUAACUUCCAAUUCUUUGAUGUUGAAGAUAUUAACUCCAUUAUAUUUGACUACAAUCCUGAUGAUGUAGAUGAUUAAGCAUUCAACCCAUAUUUUGAUAGAAUGGGCUAUUCUUCUACAAACCUUAUCAGAAAUCUUGGACUAAUAUUCUAUUUUUACUGGUGA